GAGUAUUCGAACUACCGUGAAACAAACUUCUUUCAAGAAACCAUCACCGUUUUCUGUGAAACAUUUCAAGGGGCUCGCUCUGUAGCCAUAAUUUCACUUUCUAUCUCGUCAAGCAGCCGAUACACCUACAAUAAGUCAUAGCACAGGCGAAGUUCAAAGGAACAACGUGAAGAAUCUUUUCCUCGCACAAACUUGGGCGUCAUGUCGUUUCUUGGGGAAUGGCACAUGCGACAGAAAGCUCUCAAACAUGCUGAGCGCGAAGGAAAAAUGAAUGCAUCCACAAAUCUCCGGAGCUAUCGGGGUGGUAGACACUCGAUCAGGGAUGCAGAGGAACAAAAGGCACUGAAAGAAGCCGAACGUCAUAUGAGAAAGAAUGCAUCCAACAUCCUACGCAACUAUCGCGGUGGAGAGCACGACAUCAAGGACCACGAACGCGUUGCUAUCAAUGAGCGGAAGAAAAACAACGCCCGCCUAGACAUCGAACAUCGCGAACCAGAUAUUUCUGCUGAAAUCAAACGCGGUAAAGGGGAUUUCCAUGCUGGAAAAUCUCGCCAGCUCUUCAUCUUCGACUUUUCGUUUGGCCUUAUUUAUGAUGAUUCGCAACCUGAGCCUGGAGUUGAUUUGUGUGCCCAAGCCGCAGAAGUGAUAAUCCCGUACAUUCUUAACCAGUGGUCAAAUGAGACAAAUGUAUUUUUCCACCCAAAGUCACCAGAGGUUGUCGGGGACAUUUCUAUCGAUGACUGGUAUGAAAGCGAAGACUCGACAAGAUACGUGGUGAGGGGAAAGGUGCCGAUCCAAGUAUUCGUGGAUGGCUCUGCCAAAGACAUCGUGGCGCCUCUUCAAAAAGUGUUGAAAAGAUAUGUAUCGUUCCAACCGAUAUCGGCAAAAGAGGUAGAAGAUACAACAGAAGAGAGAAGAAGACAGCUUAUUAUUGGACACGAGGGUAGAUCACGGUGGAUGCGGGUUCGUCAAUGUCGUCUUAGCGGCCUUGGGAUUACUUUCUAAAGCCAAUAUGGAAUGAUGGGACAAUCCACUACCAAACAACAAAAGUCAUAUGUAGCCCAGAAUCUAUGUGAAGAAUUGCACCGAUACUCUUGUCACAAUGAAACGAAACGUAUUCUCUGGUCUCAUUCGUCAGCAAAAUCGAUGUUCGUCAAAAGUCCUAGAAUCUUGAUUUUCAGCGGGUUUUGAAGGCAGACUCCCUCCUUGAUUGCAAAACACCGGUAGCUAUCGCAACUAUUGCAAGGGUAGUGAUUGAUAUGCUCCGUGAGAUGAUUCUGGAUCUAAAUCUUCUUUGUGGGAUGGGGCCUGAACAUGAUGAGACUUGUAGUCAUGUUCUUCUGUUUCUAUGCCUUGUAAUCUAAUAAAUGCAUUUCAAUAUG